AUGAACGAUUUGACCGAGACCCCCACAUAUGCGCGUAGCGUCACAUCCACAGCGCCCAGCUCGCCACGCAUUCCACCUUUGCGACAGAAUUCGGGCAGCCAAACACCUCGAGUGCGACCGCAUGCCACAACGCUCAACAUCCCGGGCAUGACCCGGUCGAGGGUCUCGCCUGACGGAAGAAUCCCCCACCGCGAUGUCGCCGCCAAGCUUGUUAUUAUCAUGGUCGGUCUGCCAGCUCGAGGAAAGUCGUACAUCACAAAGAAGCUCCAGCGAUACCUAUCCUGGCAGCAGCACGAUUCAAGAAUUUUUAAUGUUGGCAACCGAAGACGUGUGGCCGCUGGCCGCAAGGUGCCUGUGCAUCCCAAGCUGCUCCCAGAGCCCGGCCACCUCGAUCCUCCCGUCCACGCCGCCUCAAUCCUGCUCAAUGGCGUGCCCGCGCCCCCGCCGCUGUCUCCCGAGCAGACCGAGCCCGAGAUGCUUGACCUCAACGACUCUGUGAUCAAGGAAAAGGCGGAGAUGGAUCAAUCGGCUCAAUUCUUUGAUCCAAAGAACGAGAAGGCCGCUGCUAUGAGAGAGCAGUGUGCCAUGGACACCCUGGAUGAGCUGCUGGAUUGGCUGCUCCUUCAUGGUGGUGCUGUUGGCAUUCUCGACGCCACAAACAGCACCAUUGAGCGGAGACAAAACCUUGUCAACCGCAUCAAGAGGCGGGAGCCCAAGCUGGGUAUUCUCUUCAUUGAGAGUAUCUGCCAAGACCCUCUUUUGCUCGAGGCGAACAUGCGGCUGAAGCUGUCGGGUCCUGAUUACCGCGACAAGGACCCCCAGAAGUCUCUGGACGACUUCAAGAAGCGAGUCGCUGCCUACGAGAGUGCUUAUGUGCCCCUUGGCGAGUACGAGGAGGCCCACGACAUGCAGUACAUUCAGAUGAUUGAUGUUGGCCGGAAACUGGUGCAACAUCGUUUGAAGGGGUUUUUGAGCAACGGUAUUAGCACAUACCUUGCCAGUUUCAACCUUGCGCCUCGACAAAUCUGGAUUACUCGACAUGGCCAGAGCGUUGACAACGAGCUUGGAAGACUGGGCGGAAACUCGCCCCUGACCGAGCGAGGUCAUUACUAUGGACAAGCUCUUCACAGGUUUAUUACCUACCAGCGUAAGCACUGGCUUACCGAGCAGAAGAGCAAGAUGGCUCAGGCUACUUUCCCACCUGUGCCUGGUGACAACACUCCUCCUUACCCCGAGAUGAACCGCGAACUGGAGGACAAGAACUUUUGUGUCUGGACAUCGAUGCUUGAGCGCAGCGUGGACACGGCCGAAUACUUUGAGGCCGAUGACGAUUAUGAUGUCAAGAACUGGGAGAUGCUCAACGAGAUGAACGCGGGUCAAUAUGAGGGUAUGACGUAUGCCGAGAUCGCCAAGAAGGAGCCCGAGGAGUACGCCAAACGGGCGAAGGACAAGCUCAACUACAUUUACCCUGGCGUCGGCGGCGAGGGAUACCUUCAGGUUGUCAGCCGCCUGCGCGACAUGGUCCGAGAAGUUGAGCGCAUCGAGGAUCACCUCCUUAUCAUUGGACACCGAUCCGUCUGUAGGGUCUUGAUGGCCUACUUUAUGGACCUGUCUCUGGCGGACAUUACGGACAUGGAUGUCCCUCUGGGCAUGCUCUACUCGAUCGAGCCCAAGCCCUAUGGCAUUGCUUUCCAUGCCUUCCGAUACAACGAAGAGCUGGGCUGGUUCGACGAGCUGCCCAACUACAAGCCGCAGAAGACUGCCCGCAACAGCAUCUAA